AUGUUCAACAUCGCCAUUCAGCUCCUUGCCGCCGCGAGCGUCGUGCUUUCCUCCCCCGUCAACCUCCAAAGCCGUGCUGUCAUCGGCCAUGAUGCCGUCGUUGGCUUCCCCGAGACCGUUCCUUCAGGCAUCGUAGGACAGCUCAUGCUAAAAUACAAGCCCUACCUCAAAGUCGAAAACGGCUGCGUCCCCUUCCCUGCCGUCAACGCCGCAGGUGACACAGGCGGCGGCCUCCAACCCACCGGCUCCUCAAACGGCAUGUGCAGUUCCUCCCCCGGCCAAGUCUACGCCCGCGCCGCCACCCACAACGGCGCCUACGCCAUAAUGUACUCCUGGUACAUGCCCAAAGACAGUCCCGGCCCUGGUCUCGGACACCGCCACGACUGGGAAAACAUCGUCGUCUGGCUCUCUGCUCAGUCCACUACCGCUACUAUCCGCGGCGUCGCCAUCUCUGCUCACGGCGACUACGACAAGGUUACCAACCCCAGUCUUACUGGUACCAGGCCAAGGAUUGGAUAUAGGUCCAUCUUCCCGGUUAACCACCAGUUGAUCGAGACGACUACGCAAGGUGGAGAGCAGCCGUUGAUUGCGUGGGACAGUAUGACGGCGGCGGCGAGGAGUGCGAUUGAGAACACGGAUUUCGGUAGUGCGACGCCGUCUUUCCGUGACAGCAACUUUGGAAACUACCUCGACGAGGCUUUCAUUUGA